AUGGGCUGCUCCAGCAGCGCCCUCAACAAGGCCGGCGACAGCAGCGGGCUCCGCAGAGGUGAGACAGGAGAAAAGGUUGAAACAGAGGUGGAGAACGAGAAAGGAAGUGAAGGGCCUGGAACAAAAGAAGAAGAAACAGGGGAAGCCGUGGAUCUUUCCGCAGCCACAUAGAUUGGCGUGAUCGUAGAAGGAUAAACGGACACAGUUGUGUUGUAACAGAGAAAAAAAUGGACUGAAGUGUGUGGGUAUAGAUCUUAUCUUUUAUCAUAUCUUUUAAUGUGUACGUAUUUUAUACAAAGAGUGUGGUUAUCAUGUUCUUGAUUAGGUUGUUCCCAUAAAACUUCUAAGCAGUACACAGUUGUCUUAGGCACUUAGAACAGUAAUACAUCCAAGACUGCAACAGCCAUCGCCCAUAACAAGUAGGGUGUACAAUUACUGGAGGGUGAGGGUGUUUUCUUCAUUGCGGUAAUAGGUUUAUUCUGUUUAGAAAAUGAGACUCUAAAAAGAAGGUAUAAGCCUUAGCUGUAGGGGGUUGGAGAAAGGAGUUAGCACAUAUUAGGGAGCUCAUGAUGAUAAGGUUACACAGUUAUAAUUACGUUGGGAUAAGAAAGAACAACAGUGUCAGGGCAAACUAUACCUAGUGUUUCUUUCCUGUGGCAGAAUUUAAAGCUGGUAGGAACCUUGGAAAGUGUGUCCCUCUAGUUACGUCUCGCCUGAAGUCUGUCUACUGCAGCCGACUCUCAUUUAUCACGGUGUGUUAAAUCUCUUAACAAAAUCCUCAUCACAGGAACGCAUCUCUGGUGCUAUUGUAAGAUCAGGCAUUUCGACACCGAAAGGCUACACAUUUUCCAUGUGCCAUUUU